AUGAAAUUUAGGAGACGCGACAAAAAGUUCUCUUGUAUUGCGCACAACACCACAAUCCUCAGCGAACACACCACCUCAGCAGCAUCUCAGACCUCCUCACUCGCAUCUCUCGUCCUUCCCAAGAUCACCCAUACAUCGGCGCAGAAGCUCACCUAUACUCACAACAACAAUUUCAUCCAUUAUAUCGCCGAUGCGCCCUCGGAAUAUCCAUCCUCGUCCGCUUCAGCAGGAGGACUUACGUACCUCGUCAUCGCCGACUCAUCUCUCGGCCGUCGAAUUCCCUUUGGCUAUCUCGUAGAAAUUAAAAAGCGUUUUCAAGCCAAGUUUCCGCCAGACAGCACCGAUUUUGCCAGUCUGCCUAAUUAUGGCGCAGGCAGCUUUAACAGCGAACUCAAGAAAUUGAUGGUGGAAUACGGUACUACGAAAGCUGGAAAGGACGAUGCGAUUGCGAAUGUUCAGGAGGAGAUUGAUAACGUGCGAGGCAUUAUGAGCCACAACAUUGAGAGUCUGUUAGAGAGAGGCGAGAGGAUUGAUCUGUUGGUUGACAAAACGGAUCGUUUGGGUGGCAGUGCACAUGAUUUUAGAGUGAGGUCAAGGACGUUAAGGAGACAGAUGUGGUGGAAAAACACCAAGUUGAUGGCGAUGCUCACUGUGGUCAUUAUUUUCCUGCUGUACUUGUUCAUUGGGAUGGGCUGUGGACUGCCAGGUUGGUCGAAGUGUGUUGGAAGUGGCAAGUAA